UGGGACGGUUUUAGACUCUCCCUUCUCUGCUUCGUUGUUUUUUUUUCCUUCGGCCUGUUAGCUAGCUAGAGACAAUUCUUCCGACAUCCUGAAAGGCUAAUUAAGAGCCCAAUUUUCUCCUUUCCCUUUUUUUUUUUUUUUUUUUUUUUUGGGGUUUUCCUUCUUCCGCCCCGCCCCCAAGAAAUUUUCUUAUCAACAACAAUUUAUUGUUAUUAAAAUCAUAUAUAGAUAUAGAGGAGUAGAGGAGGUCGAAAGUAAUGGCGAGAAUCGGUGGCGACGGCGAAUUCAACGGAUACCGGCGAUGGCAUGAGGCCGACUCCGUCCCGCCGUGCGACGUCCAGAUCGUGACAUCCGACGGCCAGAGCAUCCCCGCGCAUUCUUGCGUCCUCGCUUCGGCGUCGGCGGUGUUGGAGCGGAUGCUGGAGAGGCCGGGGAGGGCGAUCCAGAUACUGGGCGUGCCCUCGGACGCCGUGCUGGCCUUCGUCCAGUUCCUCUACUCCUCGACGAGGGAGGGCGAGGAGGAGGCGAUGGAGCGGCACGGGGUGCAGCUGCUGGCGCUGGCGCACAAGUACCGGGUGGGCUGGCUGAAGCGCGCGAGCGAGGCCGGGGUGGCGGCGCGCCUGACGCCGGAGCGGGUGGCCGACGCGCUCAAGAUCGCCAAGCUCUGCGACGCCCCGCGCCUCUUCCACCGCUGCCUGCGCCUCGCCGCCAAGGACUUCUCCGCCGUCCAGACCUCCGACGGCUGGCGCUUCGUCCGCCGCCACGACCCCGCCCUCGAGCUCGAGUUCCUCCAACUCCUCCAGGACGCCCAACAGAGGAAGACCAAGUGGAAGAGGGACCGCGCGGCGCAGGAGGUGUACCAGCAGCUGAGCGAGGCGAUGGACUGCCUGCAGCACAUCUUCACGGAGGGCUGCGGCUGCGCGUACGUGGGGCCCACGGCCGGCGGCGACCAUGCCAGCCGGCGGAGCAAGGGCCCCCCCUGCACCCGGUUCGCGACGUGCGAGGGGCUGCGGCGCCUCAUGCGCCACUUCGCCCCCUGCGCCAAGAAGCUCGCCCCGGGGGGAUGCCUGCACUGCAAGCGCAUGUGGCAGCUCCUCCGCCUGCACGCCGCCGUCUGCGACCGAUCCGACCAGUCCUGCAAGGUCCCACUUUGCAACCAGCUGAGAGCGAGGAUGCAGAUGGAGGAGAAGGUAGACAAGACAUGGCGGCUUUUGGUGAAGAAAGUGAAGAUUGCUAGAGUAAUGUCUUCUUUGGCGAACACGAAGAUGCCGGACAUAGUGGUAAAGUCGAGAUCGAAAUACAGGGGACGGAGAUAACAAUCGUAUACAAAGUUUUGGAAUUAAUUAAUUGUUCAGGGAGUAUUGGAUAUAUUGUCCGGAUUGGGGCAGGGAUAUUGUUUUUACUGCAAUCUUUGUCAUGCAAAUCAAGUAUUGUAUUCUUUGGAUAUCUGAGGAAGGGAAUAACAGAAUUACUUUUUUACAUAUAA